CCCCCGGGCAACAGGGGAUCAUGGGGCCCCUGUGUCCUUGCCCAAACUCCAAAAAGCCUAUGAAAAAGGUACCAGGGGCAUCCCGGGCCCUCGGGCAGUGCCCGAGUUUCCAAAUGGUCAGUCCACCCCUGCUAGGGUCACACUCUACAUAGAAAGUUACUAUCUGUGUCCCUUUGGAGAGAUUUUCCUGACUUGGUGACUACACAGGAAGUGAGGAAAAAAAUAUCUGCAUUGGCCUCAGAAAUGGCAAUA